GAAAGAGAAGCGUUACUGUAUCGCGGAGGUCAAAAUGGUAAUUUCUCAGACUUGAGUACUUCUCCCUCUGGUUCCGCCGACAUAAACAACAAUUCCGAAUUCCCGAUUCUCGGUGGGUGCCGAUCCUUCAACUGAUUACGUGCUAAUGGAGGCAUCAGCUUCGAUCCGCUGGUGCGUACCCACACUACUACUCCUGCUCUUCCUCCUCAUUCAACCUUCCAUCUCGAUCUACUGUGACGAGGACGACUGUUACGAUCUCCUAGGGGUCUCUCAAAAUGCCAAUGCCUCCGAGAUCAAGAAAGCAUACUACAAGCUCUCUCUCAAACAUCAUCCGGAUAAAAAUCCCGAUCCAGAAUCGAAGAAGAAGUUUGUGAAAAUUGCGAAUGCUUAUGAGAUUCUGAAAGAUGAAGCCACAAGGGAGCAGUAUGAUUAUGCAAUUGCACAUCCGGAAGAGGUCUUCUAUAACACAGCACGGUACUACCAUGCUUACUAUGGCCAUAAGACAGAUACUCGUGCUGUACUUGUGGGUCUUCUUUUGGUGCUCUCAGGAUUUCAGUACCUAAACCAGUGGACAAGGUAUAAGCAGGCCGUUGAUAUGGUGAAGAAGACGCCAGCUUAUAAAAAUAAGCUUAAAGCGAUGGAACUUGAACGCACUGGAGGAGUAACAAAUAAGAAGAAGGGUAACAAGCAGAUAAACAAGAAGAUGGAGGAAGAGCUGAGCGAGGAACUUGAACUGCAGAUAAAGGGAGCCGAAAAGCCAUCUGUUUGGGAACUUAUUGGUGUUCGUUUCAUUUUACUGCCUUACACCUUGGGAAAGCUGUUAUUAUGGUAUGGGUGUUGGUUCUGGAGGUACCAGGUGAAGCAAGCACCAUAUUCUUGGGAAGAUGCCUCGUAUCUGACAAGACGAUCUCUGGGGGUACCUUCUGAUUCAUGGAGACACGUAGAUCAAUUGACAAAGGAAGAUCUUGUUCAAAGACGUUUAUGGGAAAAGCCCAACUUGGAGAGCUACCUAGCUGAAAUGCGGAAAGAAUCAAAACGCAGAAGAUAGAAGAUUUAUUAUAACCUUACCUCCACCAAUGAAUUCCAUUCUUUUUUAUAUAUUGAUGAGAGAUUUAAGGGUAGAAUACUUUGAUAGAUAACAAAAGUCCGAUCACACUCGUAUACUGAAAAAAUGGGCGGAUCCCUUUUCAUAUAAUGGACUAAAGAAGUUUGCGGUGGAAGCUCACUUGGGCAUGGAUGCCAAUAUGCUAGUUAUUGAACAUUUUGUAGAAUCAACUAUCAAAUACAUUGCUAGGGAGACCAUGGUAAACCAAGGACACUGAUAUACACGAAAUUAAUGAUAAUUUACUUGUCUUAUUGUC